AUGUCGUUAACACUCAGUGCACUCGCGACCCUCAUCAUAGGGUUUUUGAUCUACCAUGUCUUGAAUUCUCUAAUACUCUCGCCCCUGGCACGUAUUCCCGGCCCCAAGUCAUUCGCCUUGACUUGGGCGACCCUGGGGUUUGAAGACUACAAAGGCACACGCACACGAAAAAUAAAUGACCUUCACGCCAAAUUUGGCCCUGCUGUUCGUGUUGGACCAAAUGAAGUAUCUUUCAACAGUAUUUCAGCUCUCCGAACAAUAUAUGGAGCCGGGAGUGGCUUUGAAAGAACGGCGUUUUAUCGCAUGUUUGACGCGUAUGGCCGUCAGAACCUGUUCACAUUUGCCACGGUCAAGGAACACGGAGAGCGGAAAAAGCUUGUCGCCCACUCAUACACCAAAUCUGUCAUGCUGAAAGGAGGAAACUCUGCAAUGGUUGAGCAAAAAGCCAAAUUGUAUAUGGAUCUGCUGAAGAAGACUGGUCCAACAAUUGAAAUCUUCUCUGCAUUGCACUACUUCUCGUUGGAUAAUAUCACGCAUUUUCUUUACGGAGAAUAUGGACGAACGGCUUGCAUGGAAGGAUCGGAACAAGACCGAGCACUCAUCAACGAUAUUCUCGAUACUUCUCGUCGGAAGCUAUCAUGGUACGCCGUCCACUUCCCUGGAUUUACAAAGUGGCUUUAUUCGAGGACCGGAGUCAUAGGCUGCAUUGCGCGUCAUUUAUACCCGAUGAACCUUCCGACGACGUAUACAGGGAUAAGACUUCAUGCGAUGAAAGCCUGUCAAUCCUUCGCCAUGGCCUCCGAGAGCGACAAAGCGAAAGAAACAUCUCUAAUCGCCAAGCUAUGGCAAUAUCACGUUUCUCGAAAAGAAAAUGGACUCGACGAUCUCGAUAUCGCGUCGGAAUGUGCCGAUCAUCUCCUCGCCGGGAUCGAUACCACAAGUGAUACCUUGAUGUUUCUGAUCUGGGCUCUGUCCCGCCCACAGGGCAGGAAAUAUCAGGAAAAACUUAUCGAGGAAGUCGGUAAAAUAACAGUGGACAGUAUCAAUGCGGAUAGAAUCCCAAGGGCGGAUGUAUGCGACAAACUACCAUAUGUGGAUGCUGUCAUUAAAGAGACUCUCCGACUUUACGCCCCUCUCCCUGGAUCUGAGCCACGGUCCCUGGGUGCAACUGCGACUAUCGAUGGCUAUACGAUACCGCCUCGCACGACUGUUUCGAUAUCACCAUAUGCGCUUCACCGGAACCCAGAAGUCUUCAAGAACCCAUUGGAAUUCAACCCCGACCGGUGGUUGGACUCGACCAAGGAAGCCACUGAGGCCAAGAAAUGGUUUUGGGCCUUUUCAAGUGGAGGGAGAAUGUGUAUUGGGAUGCAUCUUGCAAUGGCUGAGAUGACGACGCUCGUCGCCGCUAUCUACCGACAAUAUACGACCUCCACCAAAGGGGAUUUCGACACUGUUUCUCCAGGAAUUACUGCAAGAUAUGAAGUUUUCUAUGAUGAAACUUGCUCGGCAAUGGAAGAGCAUGAAUGUCAGAUCGAAUUCAGGGCCCACUCAUGA